GUUGCAUGCUGGGACAUCAGGUUGAGGGUCACAGAUGCUAACAGACUCAAUAAACUGAUCACGAGGCCAGUAAUGUUGUGGUGAUGGAGCUGGACUCCGUUAGGGUGGUGUCGGAGAAGGAUGUUGUCCAAGAUAAAGAAAAUACUGCACAAUACCUCCCACCCACUCCAUGACGUGCUGGCCAAUCACAGGAGCGCGCUCAGGGAGAGACUGAGAUUACCCACAAUGCACCACUGAACAACACAGGACAUCAUUCCUGUGGACAUCUCUGUACCAGCCAUCUAACACACAGUGAGGUCGUCUAUGGUAAAAUAAGGUUUUACAGGUUACAUUGGAGCUGUUUCUUAUAUUUGUAACAUGUUAUUGUAUUAGUCUGUUGCUGUUGUCAUGGAGAGACUGACCACAUCAUGUCCUCAGGGAGUAAUGAAGUACAACAACACAAUUAGGCUGAACGGCCCAAAGCAGAGCAACAUGGCGGCUUCCAAAAACCAGCAGCGGCUCACGUGUGAUUUUCAUUCAUUCUGAUUUUAUUAUUUCAGUUCUUCAGCUGACACAGCUCACAGGAACCUUCCUCCCUGCAGCUGUGACUCUAAAUCAAACCUUAAACCUGAAGAUAAUCUGACCUGAGUCGUGUGUGGAAACAGCUUCAGUUUCAGCUGAGCUGAAGUUCUGAGCAGCUCUGCAGGUGGACACCAGGUGGUGCUGCAGGUCGCCUCAUCUCCACUGAAUGCGCUGCAGCCACAAAGGACUGUUGCUGCCUUCAGCUUAAAUCCAGGAUCAAAACUGGAAAGCAGGAAUAUUUUUAUGUUCUCAGAGCUGAAACUCUGAUUCUGGUCUUUCAGUCCCUGCUGGACCCGAAAACCCUCGCAGAGUGCUGGCCCCCAGAUGGCUUGAUGCCUGAGAGCAGCUACUGGCAGCUCUGCCCUCCCUCCAAGUCCGGCCUGCAGGGGGGGUUGCUGAGCUCUAGUUUCCCGCCCGGCCCCUCGGUGCUGGUGCCGCCUGAUGCUCACCUGCAGGAGGGUGGCGACCCCCUGGACGGGGCCCCUUCUCAGCCGCUGCCGCAGCACCGCCCCCUGGCGCCCAGCACCUCAGCGUCCGAGCUGUCCCUCCCCGGAGCGCCGGUGCCCCCUCCAGGCCCUGGACCCCCACCCCCCCCUCCUCCACCACCCAAACGACACUGCCGCUCGCUGUCGGUGCCCGAGGACCUGUCGCGCUGCCGCUACACGUGGCGGCCCAGUGCCUCGCGAGUCUGGACGCCCGUCAGCCGCCAGCAGUGCCACGGUGGAGCAGGGGGAGGGGUCACAGGGGGAGGGGUCGCCGGAGGGGGUGUAGGGGUGGGAGCGACAGGGGGCGGAGCCUGUCCUCUCCGCGCCCCCAGCUCCUCCCUGAACUCGUCGCUGCACUCCUCGUCCAGCCCCACCUUUUUUAGCCUUGCGCUGUCGCCGGACUCGCCGCUACCGUGGAGCUUCCCCUGGGACCCCAGUGAGGCAGCGGCGGGGGGAGGAGCCUGCUGCUGCUUCUUCCCCUCCCCCUCCUCUUGCUCCUCCUCUCCCUCCCCACUUCACCCGCCCCCGCCUCCUCAGCGGCGUUUCUCCCUCUCCCCGGUGCUCAUCAGAGACUCUGCUGCCUCCACCUUCCUGCCCCCACCUCCAGCGCCUAGCCAAGCGGCAGCGGCGCCUCCACCUGGCUGCGUCACGACGGCGGGCGGCGUGACCGCGGGCGGCCCUGUUCCCGCCUCGCCCUCAUCGGCCUGCAGCACGCCGUCGUCUCUGCGCCGCAGCCUCCCGCCACAGCUACCGCGCUGCCACUCGCAGCCAUGUGACCUGCUGCUCCUCAAACCGGGUCUGAAGAGACGCCGCGACCCCGACAGACCCUGCGCCCGGCCCGUCCUCGACUUCACCAAGAUGACACAGACACGCAGCAUCGACCCGCAGUGUCUGGAGCGUGGCGGCGGCAGGCUGGCCUGCGGCGGCGACCUCUGCAUGGGCAUGGAGCCCUUCAUGGGCGACUUCCGGGGCUCCUGCUCGCCGGCCGAGUGCCUGGGCAGGACCAGCAUCGGGCCGCUGAGCGAGAGCGACGAGGAGUGCCGCGAGGACGACGAAGGAGAGGAGGAAGCAGACGAGCGUGAGGCGGCGCAGCAGGCGGUGUUCGAGCGGGACUGUACAGAGCUGGACUUGAACUUAAUAGAAGAAAACUGACGUAUUUGUAAAUGAAGGCUGUUCUCUGUUCUUUAGUUUUAUUUUGAAAUUAUCUAACCCCCCCAUCCCCACUUCCUGGACCGCCACCAUCUCAACACUCGGCGCCUCCUUGCCACCAAUCAGCAAGGCUCUCAGGAACAACACCUUCUCUCAUUGGACGAGCUGAUCGACACGACAGUGAUGAUGUGGCUGCCGCCGUUAAACGCUCACCCGGAGCCUGAGGCGCCGUCGCCCGACGCUCUGCCUCUGAGGCACAGAGUUUCCUCGCCUCAGGCCUUCAAGCGCCAUGCCGCAGCAGCGUCCUGAAACAGCAUCACCACGCCGACCCGAACCAGAACAGAACCCCGAGCUCGUCUUCCUGAAACGUUCGAGUACGAAACGUGUCAGGUGACGUUCAGGAAACUAAAAUAUGGAUCAGGUACCGAGGAGAAACAUUUAGUCUGAAGGGUCUCGGGGUUAAAGGUUAAACUUUGCACUGUAGUGUUCAGCACCACAGGGGGAGGGGUCAUCACUUCCAUCACACGAAAAAGAACCAGAAUAAAAAGCGAAUACGUUUGUAAAUAUAUUCAGAGUUCCACCGACUCUCCAGGAGAGCUGUGGUACCGCUGCUCCGCUGCAGCGUGAAAACAUCGUCAAGGUCAGAAUAAACAAACCGGGGUUCAAUCUGCUCUGACCUCUGACCUUAGAGAAGAACGGGACGUAGACUGAGCGAUAUUUCAUCCCUUCGGCUUCAGGCUCCGUUGUAAACGCAGGUCGGCGUUUCACUUGGACGCCGUCCCGUUUCACAGAGGCGACGCUCAGCGACUCUGCGCUCGUUCCUGAGGCGCUGCCGUUUACAAUCGAGCGUGUUCGCUUCAUCGUGAAAUCUGAUGUCACACACACACCUGUCCGGUCACGUGACCUCGGCGUGGUGAUGCGUUCAGGCUCCCGGCGGCCGUGCUGAGCGCCGGCAGCCACUGAUGCUGUUGUUCACCUGAGUGUUCACAGAUUCCUGCUGCACACACCCCAAACCCCCUCCCCCCCCCCGUGUGUGUGUGUGUGUGUGUGUGUGUGUGUGUAUUCAUAUCUUUGUGGGGACCGUCCCCUCGACUUUGAAGUCAUGUUUGAGACUCAGAACGUGGUUUUAGUGUCAGGGUUACAGUUCGGCUACGGUUAGAGAAAGCAUUAUGUCAGUUAUGUCCCCACAAGUAUAUGAGUAACCGUGUGUGUGUGUUCUGGCACUGACGUCACAGUCCUGGUGGUCAUGUGACUUGUAUCCAGACAGUUUGACGUUUCGGGCAAACAGGUUGAAGAAAGCGAGCUCGAUCCACAUGAAGGAGUGGACACGAGCUGAUGCGAACAGACGUCGGCGUAAUGACAAACACUUUGAGACAUUAGGCUAACACGGAGGGGGUGGGGCUUAUAACCCACUCGGGGCCAUAGACUCCCAGCUCACCUGUGUAAAUCAUUAGUAUUAUCAGGGGCCUCUUUGACUGACAGGUGCUGACAUGCUGUGUGGGUAAUUGUACUAACAGACCAUCCAAGAAGCCCGAGCUCCAGUUUUUUGAGGAAGUUGUCAGGACAAAGUAAAGUACGUCUCUAAUA